GCCGAUCUCACUUCACGCAUGUGCAUUGUGCUAGCUAGUGCAUACAGAAUUCUGAUGGGAUACAGAAUUGCCCUAUUGCGUAAACUGUAUGCUUGUGCAAUGCAGGAUUUCCACACAGGCGCUUGGUGGUGAAGCUGACUGCUGCGAAAGGACCCUGAUGCUGGACCCUGUAAUGUUCUGACUGCAGGUGUCAUUGAAUUUAUUCUACUAGUGGCGAGGCUUAGCGGUUGAUGCUGUCAGGGUGAUAAAACCAGGGGCUAUAGUGUACGUAUACGGUAUAGCCUAAGCAAUCGCUGAGUGUCCAGUCCCCUCUCUCUUUUCAGUCAUUUUCCCUUCCAGAUUCGUUGAACACGCGUGGGAAUUUGAACUCGGCAAUGAUCGCCCUGGAUUUCAACUUGAAUGUUCUAACGAGGGACCUGUCACUUUAUUUAGAACAACAAGUUAAAGUGGGGUUUUUUGGUUCUGGAGUGGGGCUGUCAUUGAUACUGGGGUUCAGCGCUGCGUAUACCUGCUACUACUUGAGCUCCGUUGUCAAGAAACCUCAGCUUGUCACCGGGGGAGAGAAGUUCUGCCAUUUUCUGAAGGAGCACUGCCCUGUGGUUUCAGAAACAUACUAUCCUACUUUCUGGUGCUGGGAAGGAAGGAUCCAAACUUUGAUAAGACCAUUUAUUACUGCAAAGCCUUGGGUGGAAUACAGAAAUGAGUUCAUUAAGACAGCAGAUGGAGGACAGAUUUCAUUGGACUGGUUUGAUAAUGAUGACAGCGUGUGCUACCCUGACACAGCCUCUCGACCCACAAUCCUCCUGCUACCUGGGCUCACCGGAACCAGCAGGGAAUCGUAUAUCCUCCACAUGAUCCAGCAGAGUGAUGCACUGGGCUACAGGUGUGUUGUUUUUAAUAACAGAGGAGUGUCUGGAGAAAGGCUUUUGACACCAAGGACAUACUGUGCCGCCAACACAGAGGAUCUGGAGACUGUUAUUGAUCACAUCCAGAGCACACACUCCGCAGCUCCAUUGCUGGCAGCAGGCGUCUCGAUGGGGGGAAUGAUGCUGGCAAACUACCUGUGCAGGGCAGGCAGGGAGACCUCUCUGAGAGCAGCUGCUGUGUUCUCGGCCGGAUGGGAUGUGUUUGAGUGCACAGCUUCGCUGGAGAAGCCACUCAACCGGUUCCUCUUCAAUUCUUACCUCACCAGCUGUUUGCAGGCUUCAGUCAACAGACACAGGCAAAUUCUUGAGAAGCUUUUCGAUAUUGACCAUGUAAUGAAGGCCAAAACUAUCCGGGAGUUUGAUGAGCGGUUUACGUCCAUCAUGUUUGGGUAUGCUACAAAUGAGGAGUACUACAAAGCCGCCAGUCCCUGUCACAAGCUGAAGUCUGUCCAGAUUCCUGUGCUGUGCUUAAAUGCUAUGGAUGAUGUCUUCUCUCCAGGCCAUGCCUUGCCUGUGGAAGCUGUGAAACAGAACCCGAACCUUGCACUACUGAUUACUUCCCAUGGGGGCCAUAUCGGCUUCCUUGAAGGAAUCUGGCCCCGACACAGCACUUACAUGGACCGAGUCUUCAAGCAGUUCAUGCAGGCUGUGAUUGAGCAAGGAAGCGAACUUGAAAACCUCUAGCAUUUCACAUCCAGGCAAGCAAAAAAAAACAAAAAAAAACCUCUGCUAAAGGCACAUCAG